UGCACAACAUUUGGGGUGCCAUUGUGUGUCCCCGCCAUAUUGUCGUCCUGUGUCUUUGGCCGAGGCCCCCAGAUCUCUCCCCUCGGUAUCUGUGUCCUCUUCACUGACUGCAGGAGUCUCCGGAGGGCAUCAGGACUCCCGGUCUCUGGAAAUGGAGUCAGUGACCUUUGAGGAUGUGGCUGUGAACUUCACCCUGGAGGAGUGGACAAUGCUGGAUCCAUCCCAGAAGAACCUCUACAAAGAUGUGAUGCAGGAAACCUUGAGGAACCUGGCUUCUAUAGGAAACAAAUGGGAACACCAAAACAUUGACAAUGAGUAUGAAAAUCUCUGGAGAAAGCUAAGUAGCCAGUUGUUGGAGAGACUCUGUAAAUAUACAGAAGGUCACCAGUAUGCAGAGAUCAUUAACUGGACUCCAGAGAGUGUUGUGGACCAGAAAUCAUGUCCAGGAGUUCCCACAUACGAAAGCCAUGUGUAUGGAGAAGUGGUAAUUGGCCAUUUGUCUCUAAAUGUCCCUCCUCAUCCUCACCCUGGACACAAACCAUAUGACACUCAGGAAUAUGGAAAAGAAUUGAAUAAACAUAAGGAACCUGAGAACGCCUCCCAUCCUUCCACAGCCUUCCAGAAGAAUAAAAGAAUUCCCACUAGGGAGAAAUCUGAAACUAGACAGGGUAAUGAAGAUGUUAAAUAUCUCAUGUCCCGUCAAAAUGACGAAAAGACUUCUACUGGGGAAAAACAGUAUGAAUGUAAGCAAUGUGGGAAAGUGUUUACUUCUUCCAGCUCUUUUAGAAGGCAUGAAGAAUACCACAGCCGAGAAAAAUCUUACGUUUGUAAGCAGUGUGGUAAAGCCUUCCCUUUUCCUAGUUCCCUACAAAUACAUGAAAGAAUUCACACUGGUGAGAAGCCCUAUAUGUGUAAACAGUGUGGGAAAACCUUUGCCCGUUCGAGUUCCCUUCUGACACACGAAAGAAUUCACACUGGAGAAAAGCCCUAUGUGUGCAAGCUGUGUGGGAAAGCCUUCACUGACCGUAGUUCACUUCGGUUCCACGAGAUGAUGCACAGUGGAGAGAAGCCGUACAAGUGCACGAAAUGUGGUAAGGCUUUUGCUUCUUCGGGUGCCUUUCGCAAACAUGAACGGACUCACACAGGAGAGCAGCUCUUUGUGUGUUUGCAGUGUGAGAAAGUUUUCAGUUGUGAAAGUGCUUUUCGAACACAUAAAAUAAUCCAUUCUGGAGAAUGUGUAUGUAAGCAAUGUGGUAAAGCAUUUACUAGUCACAGUUCGGUUAAAUACCAUGAACUGAUGCAUAGUGGGGAGAAACCCUAUGUGUGUAAGCAGUGUGGAAAAACCUUUAGGUCUCCUAAGCAAGUUCAAAUUCAUAAACGAACUCACACUGGAGAAAAACCUUAUGUGUGCAAGGAAUGUGGGAAAGCUUUUACUUUUCUUGGUUCCCUUCAGUACCAUGAAUUGAUUCAUACUGGAGAGAAGCCCUAUCUAUGUAAACAGUGUGGGAAAGCCUUUAGGUCUUCUCGUCAGGUUCAGAUCCAUGAACGAACUCACACCGGAGAGAAACCGUAUGUAUGUAAGCAAUGUGGCAAAGCCUUCUUUUCCCUGUAUCACUUAAGAAGGCAUGAAGUAAUUCACAGUGGCAUGAACCCCUAUGUUUGUAAGCAGUGCGGGAAAGCCUUCAGUUGGUUCAGUACCUUUCACAGUCAUAAGCAGACUCAUACUGGAGAAAAGCCCUAUUUAUGCAAGCAAUGUGGGAAAGCCUUCUGUAGUCGCAUAUCGUGGAGGAGACACGAGAAAGCUCACACGACAGUGAAGCCUUACGCGUGUGUGCAAUGUGGAAAAGCCUUCCGUUCUCCCAGUUACCUCAAGAUCCAUGAAAGAAUCCACACUGGAGAGAAGCCCUUUAUAUGUUCACAAUGUGGGAAACCCUUCCGCUCUUUUCGUUAUGUCAAGUCACAUGAAAGAAGCCACACUGGAGAGAAACCCUUCGUCUGUACGGAAUGCGGGAAAGCCUUCAGUUAUUAUAGUUCUUUCCACAGACACAGAAGAACUCACCAGACAGUACCCUUGAAUACAGAACUUGAGAAGUCUUCAUAACAUGGGACUGCAUUCAGAGAGAACUAUAAAGGUUAAGCAUGUGGAACACCUUUUGGUCUUAUUCUUAUUUGGAUUAAGAAAGAAUGUUUGGCCCAGACGUGGUGUACCAUACCUUUAAUCCCUAAACUUGAGAGGCAGAGUCAGGGAAUCUCAGAGUUCAAGGCCAACCUGAUCUACCUACUGAUUUCCCAGCUACCCAAGGCUACAUAAUAAGACUAUUUCAGAGAGAGAGAGAGAGAGAGAGAGAAAAGAAAAGUAUGUUUGACUAGAAAAGAUGUCCAAUAGCUUCCCCAGUGAGAAUCUUUCCUUGUCAAAGCACGAGAAACUCAAAUAGUGGUACCAUCCUAUGAAAACUUCUCAUAUGUUAAUUUCCAUAAAUGUGAAUAAUGUGAAGAACUGGAUACAAAUUUUUGUUUUUGAAAAUCCAAAAGCUGAAGAAAACUUUGUAAAGAUAUUGUACUUACUGAAAUUUAUUAGGGAUUUGUUUCUGUCUUUCAGAAAUAGUCUUACCAUGUAACCCUGGCUAGUCUUGAUCAAAUUAUCUUCCUGUUUUAAUCUCUAGAAUGUUUGGGCGAAAGAUGUCUGCUUCCACAUCCAGCAUCCGUAGUUCAUUCUUGCUUUGUUUUGGUUUUUCGAGAAAGGGUUUCUCAGUGCAGCAGCCCUGUCUGUCCUGGAACUAGCUCUGUAGACGAGGCUGGCCUCGAACUCACAGAGAUCUGCCUGCUUCUGCCUCCCAAGUGUUAGGAUUAAAGGCGUGCACCAACACUGCCCAACUCAGUAUUUCAUUCUUAAAAGAACCUUUCUGAUCUCCAUGCUUUACAUUUUUGCUUUAGAAAAAUUGUCUUUUUAAAUUAAUUUGAAAGAUUAUCUGUAUAUGCAUGUGUCUGUGUGUGAAUUUGUGCCCAUUCAUGUAGUGCCUGCAGAGACUGGAAGGAGGUGUCAGAUCCCCUGGGGCUGGAAUUAUAGGCAAUCAUGAGCACCAUGUGGUUGCUGGAAACUGAAUCCAGUCCUCUGCAAGACUGUUACACAUCCUAACCACUGGGCCAUUUCUCUAGCCCCUGGGAAAUUAUCUUUAAACUGAGUAUGUGAGGUAGAAGAUUGCUUGAGUAUAGGAGAUGGAAACUAAAAUUUCAAAAAAAAAAAGGAAAAAGGUACAUUAUCUUUACAUUAAUUUAGUAAGGUUUCUUAAAGCAAUGGUGCAUACAAGUUUAAUGGGUGAAUCAUUUUGCGUUGAAUCAAGUAGUUUUUCUUUUAAUCUCUGAACAUUGAUGAGUUGAUAGUUACCUGAAACGCCAGAAGGCAUAACGAAAAAGCCUUGCUUUCACGUUCUCGAGAUUAAUGCAUCAUGGAAAAAUGACUUUUUGUGACUAUUGAGAUUUUUCCCUCUUAAUUCAUAGGGCAAGUUCUUACCAAUUUUGUAGACUGUCAUUCUCUUCCAUGAACAAAACCCACUUUUAUAUAUUUUUAUUGUUGUUAACUUUCUCUCUACCUGAUUUUUUUCCCCCUAACAUUUCUUGUCUCUAUGUCCUUUAAACUAUUUUCAAGCCAUUUGUAGGUUAACAAGUGUUAAUUCUUAGUCGACUGGGAAGGUGGGUGUAAAUGUCUCUCUGUAAUUGUAGAUCCUAGUAUAUUUGCAGGCGUUCCUAGUUUUGUCGUGUCACCAGCCAUUUCAAUUGUACAUAUAUAAAUAAUUUUUUUUCUUGUGUAAAUGUUGUUUUGAUGCUUAUAUUGUAUCGUUGAUUUUUUUUUUAUUGUAAUUUCUCCUUCAGUCAUUAUACUAAGAGGUAUGUUGGUAUCAGUGGCCCCUUCCAAAGACUAUGAGUACCAUGUAAUAAAUUGUACUAAAUUUGUUCAUACACAGUAAGCAAGUAUGUCUCACCAGUAAGAACUUUCCGUAGACCUUCUGGCAGGAUUGGUGUUUAGCUUCCAGGGAUUUAUGGGGUUGGCUAGAUCAUAGUUAGGUGCCUCUGUGUUGAAUGUAAUGAGAUUUGAGUAUAAUUCUAUAUUUGGUGAGCAUAGAAAUUGUUCCAGAAAUUUGAAUUCAUGAGAAUUACUACUCAUAUUAGUGAAGUGAAGGGGCUUUGUUCAUUUUCACGAUUCAGGAUGUUUUGUACUUUGUUGGUUUUCUUUUAUCACAGUUAUUAAGGAGCAGUGCCCUGUGGUGUGAGCAUGGGACACUUGCCUUCACAGCGGCAGGUUUGUCUUUGCUCUGGUCCAGUUUUUACUUUCCUGAGUUACUAUACCAACAUAACAGUAUUUCCUCCAAUUACUGGUCUUCACAAAUACAGAUGUUCCCAACUACCCAUUUGAUUAUAGGAAGGGGUAAACAUAGCAAGCAGUAAUACUCAACCUAGCGAACACUGAACCUUAGACUAGUCAUUUUCAGGAUGUUUACAUUAGGUCCAGAUUGGUAAAAGUAAUUUCUUCUGCAUAUUAUUUUUUCCUCUAAAUUAAAAAAAUGGCAUGUAUUAUUAUGCAAA